GAGCUGGUUGCGGCUCGCCUCGGCUUCUUCUCCGCAUUGAAUCAGCUCAUCGCGUCGCAAUUAUUCUCACCACCUUCUCUGAUAGAACCACAACAAUGCUCAGGCGGCAUAUAGCAAAACAUCUACGGACUACUGCUCCUCGUCAUCUACUGAGCAGCAGCAGUCUACGUCAGAUCAGCACCGCGCCGAGCAACCCCCCCGACGAAGAACUCGUCCCCGACGAAACCGUCUUCGACAACAUCUUCCUCCGCGACGCCUGCACCUGUCCGUCCUGCGUCGACCCGUCGAGCAAGCAAAAGUCGUUUUCGACCGCGCAGCUGCCGACCGAUACCUACAUCAAGUCGCGCAGGGCCGUCGCCGACCCCGAGCACUGCGUCGAGAUCACCUGGGGCGCGAGCACACAGCCGGAUCAUGUUAGUCGGUAUCCGGUGUCGCAGCUAAAGACUUUCGGAUCUCCCGUGCUGCGGUUCAGCAAGCACUGGGAUUUUGCGCGGCCAGAGAUUUUCUGGCAUCAGAAAACGCUGAAGGAGAAUUUGGUGGUGAGGGAGUAUAAAGAUUAUCUAGAGAACGAGGAGGCGCUUGAUGAUGUCGUCUUGGGUCUCUACAGCUCUGGAUUGGCGUUUGUCAAGGGUGCGCCGGCGGCCGAGAAGGACGCGGACGGAGAGAUUGUGGUGGAGAAAGUCGCGAGGAAGAUCGGGUAUAUCAAAGAGACCUUUUAUGGCACGUCUUGGAACGUCAGGUCAAUUGCGAAUGCCAAAAAUAUCGCAUAUACGUCUGUCAAUCUCCCCCUCCACAUGGACCUACUCUACUACGAGUCCCCUCCAGGCAUUCAACUCCUCCACUGCAUCGAAAACUCCGCGCAAGGCGGCGAGUCCGUCUACGCCGACUCCUUCCGCGCCGCCUACCUCAUUCUCGAACGCGACCCCGCCGCCUUCUUCGCUCUUGCCACUUUCCCAAUCACGUUCCACUACGACAACGACGGCUACCACUACAUGCACACGCGGCCCUUGAUCGAGCUCGAUCCGUAUUACAAAGAAGGCCACCCCUCGCUCCCGCGCGCGCGCAUAAAAUGCGUAAACUACUCGCCCCCGUUCCAGGGUCCGUUCGAGCACAUGAUCUCGCGCUCGUCGCUGGAGAAGCACACGGAUCUGACGCAGCAGGGCGAGUUUCGGCAGUUUCUGAGAGCAUACAGGAUGUUUGAGGAUAUCAUCAACGACCGCAGGGAGCAGUACGAAGAGAAGUUUGCGCCGGGGGAUAUCGCGCUGUUCAUGAACAGACGGGUGCUGCACAGUCGGCGGGAGUUCAAAGUGCCGACUGAUUCAGAGCAGCAGUUUGGGAGGUGGUUGAAGGGAACCUAUCUCGACAUUGAUAGCUUUUACUCAAAGUUGAGAGGGACUUCUGGGCUCUGAGCUGUGCAGGGCACACUCUGAACGGAUUAAUGAUACAUAUAUGAUGAACAAUACUACAUCUUCCUCGUAGAUCUGAUUAAUAAACUAGGGCUUUCUGCACCGCGAACUUCUGAU